GCUACUCGAGGCAUCAGAAAGAAGAAACUUUUUUGUAUCAUCAAUUAAAUUCUUGUUCAGUAAGAACCAGAAAUGUCAAAUAAGGCUGAGAAUGGAGAACAGGAGCAACAGCAGCGUCAGUCUAUCCUCCCUUUACUCACCCCAUACAAAAUGGGCAACUUCCAGCUUUCUCAUAGAAUUGUUUUGGCACCUCUGACAAGGCAAAGAUCCUAUGGAAAUGUACCACAGCCACAUGCCAUACUGUAUUACUCUCAGAGAACCACCAAAGGUGGUCUUCUCAUAGCAGAAGCUACAGGAGUUUCUGACACAGCUCAAGGGUAUCCAGAUACACCUGGUAUAUGGACAAAGGAACAAGUUGAGGCCUGGAAACCCAUCGUAGAUGCUGUUCAUGCCAAAGGUGGUAUCUUCUUUUGCCAAAUUUGGCAUGUUGGAAGGGUUUCAAAUUAUAGUUAUCAGCCCAAUGGACAAGCUCCGAUCUCAUCUACUGACAAGCUAUUAACUCCUCAACUUCGAGCGAAUGGUGUUGAUGUUGCGGAAUUUGCACCACCACGCCGGUUGAGGACUGAAGAAAUUCCUGAGAUUGUUAAUGACUUUAAGCUUGCUGCAAUAAAUGCUAUUGAAGCUGGAUUUGAUGGUGUUGAGAUCCAUGGAGCUCAUGGCUAUUUAAUAGAACAGUUUUUGAAAGACCAAGUCAACGACCGAACAGAUGAAUAUGGAGGCUCUCUGGAGAAUCGUUGCAGAUUUGCUCUGGAAAUUGUUGAAGCUGUCUCCAAUGCAAUAGGAGCUGAUAGAGUUGGCAUCAGGCUCUCCCCAUUUGCAAGCUACUCCCAAGCAGGAGAUUCAAAUCCAAAUGCUCUUGGUCUUUACAUGGCUGCAGCUUUGAAUAAAUAUGGACUUGCAUACUGUCACAUGGUCGAGCCAAGGAUGAAAACUGUUGGGGAAAAAUCUGAAACUCCCGAUAGUCUUUUGCCCAUGAGAAAGGCAUUCAAAGGUACUUUCAUGGUUGCUGGUGGUUAUGAUAGGAAAGAUGGCAUUCAAGCAGUCGCUGAAAGUCGUGCUGAUCUUGUUGCUUAUGGACGAUUGUUCUUGGCCAAUCCAGAUUUGCCAAAGCGAUUCGAGUUAAAUGCUUCUCUGAACAAGUACAACAGAGCCACUUUCUAUUUACCUGAUCCUGUUGUUGGCUACACUGACUAUCCAUUUCUUGAAACCACAGCGUAAUUCUAAAAGAAUAUUCAUUGUAUUGCUGGGUCAGAAUUUUAAAGCGUACGGCUUUUUUUUUACAGAUUCUACUGCAGAUAUACAACUGAAAAUCAUAUACAGAAUUUCUUCAAGAAAA